GCGUGAGGGCCGAGCGGGCGCUGUGAGGGGGCCCCGCGGCGGCUGAGGGGGCGGGAGGCGGCGGCGGAGACCCGCGGUCCGGCUGAGAGCUUGGUCCGGGAGGAGACGGCGAGGGCGGGCUGAGCGACAGCGGGGCGCGCGCCCACCCCAUUAGUGGCAAACAUGUACAUCAAGCAGGUAAUAAUUCAGGGCUUUCGAAGCUACAGGGACCAAACCAUUGUGGACCCAUUCAGCUCCAAACACAAUGUCAUUGUGGGAAGAAAUGGAUCUGGAAAAAGCAACUUUUUUUAUGCAAUCCAGUUUGUCCUCAGUGAUGAGUUUAGUCAUCUUCGCCCAGAGCAGAGACUGGCUUUGUUGCAUGAAGGUACAGGUCCUCGUGUUAUUUCAGCAUUUGUGGAAAUUAUAUUUGACAAUUCGGACAACAGGUUACCGAUUGAUAAAGAGGAAGUCUCACUUCGCAGAGUCAUUGGAGCCAAGAAGGACCAAUAUUUCUUAGACAAGAAAAUGGUGACGAAAAAUGAUGUAAUGAAUCUUCUUGAAAGUGCUGGAUUUUCUCGCAGUAAUCCCUACUAUAUUGUCAAACAAGGAAAGAUUAACCAGAUGGCUACAGCUCCUGACUCUCAAAGACUGAAGUUACUGAGGGAGGUAGCUGGUACCAGAGUGUAUGAUGAACGUAAAGAGGAGAGUAUUUCACUUAUGAAAGAAACAGAGGGCAAGCGAGAGAAGAUCAACGAGUUGUUGAAAUACAUUGAAGAGCGACUGCACACACUCGAAGAGGAGAAAGAAGAGCUGGCUCAGUACCAGAAAUGGGAUAAAAUGAGGAGAGCGUUAGAAUACACCAUCUAUAAUCAGGAGCUUAAUGAAACCCGAGCUAAGCUUGAUGAGCUUUCUGCUAAACGAGAGACAAGUGGAGAGAAAUCGAGGCAGCUGAGAGAUGCACAGCAAGAUGCUAGAGAUAAAAUGGAGGAAAUAGAACGGCAAGUUCGAGAACUGAAGACAAAGAUUUCUGCAAUGAAAGAAGAGAAAGAACAACUUAGUGCUGAAAGACAAGAGCAGAUUAAGCAGAGGACUAAAUUAGAGCUGAAGGCUAAGGAUCUGCAGGAUGAAUUAGCUGGCAACAGUGAACAAAGGAAAAGACUGCUAAAAGAGAGGCAAAAGCUUCUUGAGAAAAUCGAGGAGAAGCAGAAAGAAUUGGCAGAAACAGAGCCGAAAUUUAACAGCGUAAAAGAAAAAGAAGAGAGAGGAAUUGCUAGACUUGCACAGGCUACACAAGAAAGAACAGAUCUUUAUGCAAAACAAGGUCGAGGAAGCCAGUUUACUUCCAAAGAGGAAAGAGAUAAGUGGAUAAAGAAAGAACUGAAGUCUUUAGAUCAAGCCAUCAAUGACAAGAAGCGGCAGAUUGCAGCUAUACACAAGGAUUUAGAGGAUACAGAGGCAAACAAGGAGAAAAACUUGGAACAGUACAGUAAACUGGACCAGGAUCUUAAUGAAGUGAAGGCUCGUGUUGAAGAACUGGACAGAAAAUACUAUGAAGUGAAAAAUAAAAAGGAUGAACUACAGAGUGAAAGAAAUUAUCUAUGGAGAGAAGAAAAUGCAGAACAACAAGCUCUUGCUGCGAAGAGGGAGGAUUUAGAAAAGAAACAGCAGCUUCUCAGAGCAGCAACAGGAAAGGCCAUUUUGAAUGGUAUAGACAGCAUAAACAAAGUUUUGGAGCACUUUCGUCGCAAAGGCAUAAACCAGCAUGUUCUGAAUGGCUACCAUGGCAUUGUGAUGAAUAACUUUGAGUGUGAACCAGCUUUCUACACCUGUGUUGAAGUUACUGCAGGGAACAGGUUGUUUUAUCACAUUGUGGAUUCUGAUGAGGUCAGUACAAAGAUCCUAAUGGAAUUUAACAAAAUGAACCUUCCUGGAGAAGUUACCUUCCUCCCUCUGAACAAGCUGGAUGUUAGAGAUACUGCUUAUCCUGAGACUAAUGAUGCUAUUCCUAUGAUCAGUAAACUGAGAUAUAAUCCAAGAUUUGAUAAAGCUUUCAAACAUGUUUUUGGGAAGACUUUAAUUUGUCGUAGCAUGGAAGUGUCUACCCAGUUGGCCAGAGCUUUCACUAUGGAUUGUAUCACUCUGGAAGGUGAUCAAGUCAGCCAUCGUGGGGCUUUGACUGGAGGUUAUUACGACACCAGGAAGUCUCGGCUUGAAUUGCAGAAAGAUGUUAGAAAAGCAGAAGAAGAACUUGGUGAACUCGAAGCAAAACUCAAUGAAAACUUACGCAGAAACAUUGAAAGGAUUAAUAAUGAGAUUGACCAGCUAAUGAACCAAAUGCAGCAAAUUGAAACACAGCAGAGGAAGUUCAAAGCCUCUCGAGACAGUAUUUUGUCAGAGAUGAAAAUGCUGAAGGAGAAAAGGCAGCAGUCUGAAAAGACAUUUAUGCCUAAGCAACGUAGUCUGCAGAGCUUGGAGGCAAGUUUGCAUGCUAUGGAGUCAACUAGAGAAUCAUUAAAAGCAGAAUUGGGGACAGAUUUGUUGUCUCAGCUCAGUCUUGAAGAUCAGAAACGUGUGGAUGCUCUUAAUGAUGAAAUUCGACAACUACAGCAAGAAAACAGACAGCUUUUGAAUGAGAGGAUUAAACUAGAAGGCAUUAUCACAAGAGUUGAAACGUAUCUCAAUGAGAAUCUGAGAAAACGCUUAGACCAAGUGGAACAAGAACUGAAUGAGCUUCGAGAAACAGAAGGUGGCACAGUUCUUACUGCCACAACAUCGGAACUUGAGGCCAUCAACAAACGAGUGAAGGACACGCUGGCACGGUCUGAUGAUCUGGAUAACUCUAUUGAUAAAACAGAAGCAGGAAUUAAAGAACUUCAGAAGAGCAUGGAACGCUGGAAGAACAUGGAAAAGGAGCAUAUGGAUGCCAUUAACCAUGAUACAAAAGAACUUGAGAAAAUGACCAACAGGCAAGGCAUGCUUCUCAAGAAAAAAGAGGAAUGCAUGAAGAAAAUCCGAGAGUUGGGUUCACUUCCACAGGAGGCUUUUGAAAAGUAUCAGACUUUAAGUUUAAAGCAGUUAUUCCGCAAGCUGGAGCAGUGCAAUACGGAACUGAAGAAAUACAGUCACGUUAAUAAAAAAGCUUUAGAUCAGUUUGUGAAUUUCUCAGAGCAGAAGGAAAAACUGAUAAAAAGACAAGAGGAACUGGACAGGGGCUACAAAUCCAUCAUGGAGCUGAUGAAUGUCCUUGAGCUCAGGAAAUACGAGGCUAUUCAGCUGACUUUCAAACAGGUGUCAAAAAAUUUCAGUGAAGUAUUCCAGAAGUUAGUACCUGGUGGCAAGGCCACAUUAGUAAUGAAGAAAGGAGAUGUGGAGGGCAAUCAGUCCCAGGAUGAAGGUGAAGGCAGCACCGAGAGUGAUAGGGGAUCUGGAUCUCAGAGCAGUGUUCCAUCUGUAGAUCAGUUCACUGGAGUUGGCAUAAGGGUAUCCUUCACAGGCAAGCAGGGUGAAAUGAGAGAAAUGCAGCAACUUUCAGGUGGACAGAAAUCUUUAGUGGCCCUGGCCCUGAUAUUUGCCAUCCAGAAAUGUGAUCCAGCUCCAUUUUACUUGUUUGAUGAAAUCGACCAAGCCCUGGAUGCCCAGCACAGAAAGGCUGUCUCAGAUAUGAUUAUGGAACUAGCUGAACAUGCUCAGUUUAUUACAACAACUUUUAGACCUGAACUACUUGAGUCAGCUGACAAGUUCUAUGGUGUAAAAUUCCGAAACAAGGUCAGUCAUAUUGAUGUGAUCACAGCAGAAAUGGCCAAAGACUUUGUAGAAGAUGACACCACACAUGGUUAAAGGAACUUGUACUUACUGCUUGUUUGGAAGAUGUGUAUAGUGCUGUUUAUGCCAGGGACCUGUACAUUUAAAAUAUGAAUUAUUUAGUCCUUGUUUAAAAUAGUUUUUGAACAUACAUUUUAACCAGAACCCCAGAAGGCUUAGUUUCAAAUGAGCUUGAGUAUCCAUUUUGUCUCUGUUGCUGUAUUUUAUAAGAUAAUUGUUAAUGUUACCUUUAUACAGUACCUGUAGUUCAGAAAUUUUAUUCUCUUCCCUCAAAUCUUUUGUAAAGUGUCUGUCGCUGUUUUAAAGCUUUUCAGAAAGUGCUAGCUAUUUCUUCUUAAGCAUAGUUUUAUCAUUUAUAUUGCCUCACAUGUUUUUUUUAACGGCUUCAAUUAAAAUGAUUGGUUUUAUUGCUGUAA